CUUCUGAUACCUGUUUUGUCUAUCCGUGAGAGGCUAUUGGAAUUGCUUAGGUUCGGGGAAGUGACGGGACCUCGAGGGACCCAUACCAUAUUUCCAUUACAGGCACUCGCACACGGCACGUGUGUGACAGUAAACGGUGUACGAUCAGGUCCAGCUGGGAACUUUCGUUGCACCAGUCGCGGUGACAUCAGGCUGUCUGCAACAAGACAAGAGUGA